AUGCGCUCAUCAAUCAUCGCGUCUCUGGCGCUGAUGCCGUGGGCAACGUGCCACCAACAGCCAUUGAAGGACGCGAAGCACCGUGUCCCAACCUCACACCACACAGCCACUGCCGCAGCACCCUCAUAUCGCCAGGAACUGCUCAGCCUACACAAGCAACUCAUCUCAAUUCCCUCCAUCUCAGGAGACGAAAACGCCGUCGGCAACUUCCUCGUCGACUACCUCACUGCCCGCGGGUACCAUGCCGACCUCCAGCCCGUCGCGGCCAGAGACGGCACGCCCCCAAACAAACAACGCUUCAACGUCCUUGCGUGGAAGGGCGAGAGAAUCCCCUCGGCCAAGGUAGUUGUGUCCUCGCACAUUGACGUCGUGCCCCCGCACAUUCCAUACUCCAGCUCCCCCGGCGAAAUCACGCCCGAAACCAUGAUCAAGGGCCGCGGCUCCGUCGACGCCAAGGGCAGCGUGGCGUCCAUGAUUGUUGCGCUGGAGCAACUGCAUGCUUCAAAAGAAAUUGCCAACCAGGGAGACGUCAUGCUCCUCUUUGUGGUGGGCGAAGAAGUGGCCGGCGACGGAAUGGCCACGUUUAGCGACUCGCUGUCCAGGAUGGAGGAGCCGCCCAAGUUCGACGCCGUCAUCUUUGGUGAGCCCACCGAGAACAAGCUUGCGUGCGGCCACAAGGGCGGGCUGUUCUGCGACAUCACCGCCCGUGGUGUGCCGGGUCAUAGUGGGUAUCCGUGGCUGGGCAAGUCGGCAAACGAGCUGAUGGUGCGUGCCUUGGCCAAGAUUCUGGAUGCCGACCUGGGCAGCUCGGAGCUUUUUGGAAACACGACGUUUAACAUUGGCCGGUUCGAUGGCGGCGUGGCGGCCAAUGUGAUUCCUGAGAAGGCAGUGGUCAAGUUUGCCGGGAGGGUGGCCAUUGGGCCCGAGGACAAGGGGCACGAGAUUGUGACGAGCAAGAUUCAGAGGAUACUGGAUGAGGUUGACGACGAGGCGUUUGACAUGGACUGCACGCACGGCUACGGAUCGGUCGAGUGCAACUGCGAAGUUGACGGUAUGUUUCCCAAGAGGUAUCUGCUCAUGAGGGCAUUUACUGACCCACCUCGUCGUACAGGAUUCGAAAAGAUUACAGUCAAUUACGGCACGGAUAUUCCCAACCUGGCUGGUAAUCACACGAGGUACUUGUACGGUCCUGGCAACAUUCUCGUUGCUCAUGGCGCGAGGGAAAACUUGACGGUUGCGGAUUUGGAAGAAGCCGUUGAAGGGUAUCAGAAACUAAUUGUCCAUGCGUUGAAGCAAUAA